AAAGUAGGGCAACUAUAGUGUUUUUAAGCAGUGCAAGAACAUUAGGUGUAGACAAGGUUUAAAUUUCUUUUCCUUAUAGUAACUGUUUUUAAAUAUUUUUUAUAUCUUCGCCAUAAUAGUCUCCAGUUAAAGGAUUUACCCAAUAUUCAUAUAACCCACUUGAAAAUCCUAAAAUAUGAAAACAUUCAUGUAAAAGAUUAUUUAAAUCUUUUUUAAAUCCAGAAUUAUGUUAAUUUUAAUCUGCCAUAUUCAUAUUUACUUUAAUUAUGCCAUAAUUAACUCUUUUCAAAGUAUUAUCCAAUUAGCAAUAAACAGCACUAGCUAAAAAUUUUUUUGUAUUAUGACUUUCAACUACCCAAAUAUGUACAUCAGAAUUUCUCUCACCAUCUGUUCUGUAUUUUUCAGGAACAUCUAUCUCAUCACAUUUUUGACUAUGAAAUUUAUUAGGUCCUUAAGCAGGAAUAACUUUUAAUAGUUAUUACAAAUAAACCUAAAUAUGUUACAUUAGAUUUUUUAAGUAUUCAGUAUCUUAAGUUAUCUUACUUAAAGAAAAAUCCAUAGUUACUCUUAUAGGUUAUGCUUAUUAAGGAAAGUUGUUCUAUAAAUUUCUCUUUUAUGUGUUAUUAAGAUCUUUUUCUUUAAGUAUUCUUCGUGUUUAUUCUAUUUGGUUAUUUAUUUAUGAGAAAUCAAAUUCAGAAUCAUGAUUACAUGUAUGAUUGUAAACUCCUAAUAUUAAUUAGGAAACUAAAACUAAUAAAAUAAUUAAGUUAAUUUAACUAGU